AUGAAGGCUGGAGCAAAAGAAGCCCUAAGUACAUCGUCUGUGGUAAUAACAUCGUCAUUAGCACGGGCUACAAGUACAAUUAUUAACAGUUCUGAUCUCAGGCAGUUUGAUGGCUUAAAAGGAGCUAUCUUUGCCACUGACGCGAUUUCUGCGAUCAAGUUAAGAAUAUCACCUGAGCAAACACAACAUUUUGAAAUGACAACUGCCACAUCAAAAGAUUUAAGUGCACCAUGGGCGACGCAAAGAGUGGCUUUUAUUGCUAGAAGUGUCCAAACUACCACUUUGAGUAUCCGCUCUUCACCCACGCCUGAGUUUUCUACUUCUACUACAGUUUCCGCAGGACAUGUUGGUGGUUAUAAACUCCCCGCGAGCAUGAUUGAGUCAUCUUCAGCGGUUCUAACUUCAGUGUACCGGUUAAGCAACUCGACUUUUAAUUCAACGAAAAAUUCACAUGGCGGACAGACUGAUGUUAAUGACGAAUGCGAUUCAGACGCUUGUGAUACAUAUGUCACUCGCUGGGUGGAUUUUUACCUAAACGUAAGUAAAAAGAGGUUAUUUUUUUAGGAUGGAUUUACAACAUCAACAAAUAUAAUGCUCUCCAAUUUUGCAUUUUCCGGCCACUGAUCAUGAAUUUCUCUUUUAGCUACCUUGAAUUAGAAUUGCAAGUUGUGAAGUCGACAAGAACAAUAUAGAUCCUUAUAAUGUACAUAUUUCUUCGCCGACGGCUUAAAAGGUCCAGAAGGCUUACGAACAAUAUAAUAAUAACACUGCUAGACUGACAACUAUUUUUAAAAAUGUUGUAGCGUUAUUAGUUAUUAGACCAAAAUAAAAUCACUCAGUGAGUCUUUACUCGAUCGGUAGUGGCUUUUUAUUUUCAUUAAGACGCAUGAGACCUGUUCUUCGUAGUCUAUAUCUCUAGCCGGAUUUUUGAAAACGUCACCGCCAAAUAAUUAUAUAGACCUUUUGCGUCCAACAGUUUUUUUCCGCCAAAAACAAUCUCCAAAGAAGCCGUUAUAAAACUAAGAGUGCAACGUUUCCAUUGUUUUUUCUCUUCACCUCCUUUCCUCCUCUUCGCUCUUUCUUUUUCCCCUUUCUUUUUCCUUGGUUAGUGUGAUUUUGGAGUUUAUAUAUCGGGCCCAAAAAGUCUGCCUUCCGACGCCUUUUCACUCAAAUCUACAAAUUUCGUUAGGUUGGUUUUCAAACAAAUCGGCUAGAUAUAUAAUUAUGGUAUCUACACAUGGACUGAUUCACCAGUUAUGGUGAAAUAGUCUACAUCGAUCCUGGCACAGUUGAAGGUCUAUCACUGAGUAAACAGCAGUCUGUAAUAAAGCAAAGCCCCUCUAGAAUAAUAAACUAAAAACGUUUUAAGGCUACUGUACGCAGUCCAUAAAUCUUCAAAAACGCCAACUGUUUGUCAAGGAAACUGAUCACAGAAUCUUUAUUUUUGUUCGCAUAUCUAUCAAAGGAAGCGAAAGACGACAUUAUUUAGUAUGCAACUCUAUAAUAGUCAGAGUAUAAUUACAACAUCCAGCUUAUAUAUUUGUUAACGGAUGACCAUAGUCUUUAUAUGCCACUUAUCGCUCGGUCAAUACGUCAAGGCCGAGGUCGGAGAUUUCCUUGUAAUGACCGAAAGGACGAGUUUAAUAAGUUAUUCAUUAUAUGGCCUUUUUAUUAUGGACCUGAGCCUGCGAUUAGUUAAAACCAAUAACUAGUCAGCGAAUAACUUAAAAGAAAGAACACGUCACCAGAUGGAUCGCUUAUAUUGAUUGUUAAUUAAAGUGCAGUUCCCCUACCGUUAGGGAUGAUUACCGGCAAUUUUUAUUUUCACAAACAAUUUGAGUUUCAUGUAUAUUGCUAUCGCAGGCUAAAUGGGGGGCGUAACGUCCUUGCUUGAUCAUAGCGUCUUACCUAAAUAAUUAUGAAAGAAAUUUACACAAACUCGUACACCACUAAACCGUGACGUAGUUAGCUACGUGAAAGUUUUGUUCUCGCUACACUCAUUCUAAUGAGAAACUUUUCGUAAAAAUGAGAAUAAAACAGUUUUUCUUUCCAAUCUUUUUUUUUUUCACAGAUAGGAGGCUGGAUUAUGCUGUCUAUUGUUCUUGUGGGAAUUGUUAUUCUGACCGCCACCUACAUUCAGGGAAGAAAGAGAAGGAAAGAAAUCAAAGCGCUGCCGCAGUUGAUGUACAGGGAAAUGCAUCGCUAUAGAGAUCGUUGGGUGUGA